AUGACAACUGCAGCUCUCGUGUUUGCACACCUUUCCAAAGAGAAAUCGACUGAUCGCGAGCAACUGCGGUGGAAGGGAUACAACGCCGAAAAUGAGUUCAACCGCAUGGGCAUACCCAACGAACGGGUACGACUCACAACAGCCAAUAAGAAGUACGCAUUGUGCGAGACCUAUCCCCGUACUCUGGCUGUGGCAGCGUACCUGAAAGACGAUCAACUACCGAAACUAGCGAGUUUCAG